UCAGCUAAAUCAAGCCGGAAAUUGACGUUCUUGUAUUUGGCCAAUGAUGUGAUACAGAACAGCAAGCGCAAAGGCCCUGAAUUCACCCGUGAAUUUGAGAAAGUGUUGCUGGAUGCAUUUUCUCAUGUUUCCAGUGAAGCAGAUGAUGGUUGCCGGAAACCAUUGGAGAGAUUGCUACACAUCUGGCAAGAGCGUAGUGUCUACUCCUCCGACUUCGUCCAGCAGCUCAGACUGGGAAUGGAUGAGGAUGACAGCCCCAGGGAGCCUCCAGUGGUCGAGGAGAAGACAACAUUGAAACGCAGUUUUCAGCAGGUCCAAGAGGAAGAGGAUGAUUAUCCGGGCAGCUACUCUCCUCGGGAUACUUCUGCUGGUCCUCUCCUGACCGAGGAUCUCAUUAAAGCUCUGCAGGACCUGGAGAAUGCCGCCUCUGGAGAUGCAGCAGUAAGGCAGAAAAUUGCCUCCCUUCCACAGGAGGUUCAGGAUGUGUCUUUACUGGAGAAGAUUACAGAUAAAGAAGCAGCAGAGCGACUUUCUAAGACAGUAGAUGAGGCAUGUCUGCUGCUGGCAGAGUAUAAUGGACGGCUAGCGGCAGAACUAGAUGAUCGCCGGCAGCUGGCAAAGAUGCUAAUGGAGUACACACAGACCCAAAAGGAAACUUUGAGCAAUAAGGAGAAAAAGCUGGAGGAGUACAAACAGAAGCUUGCCCGUGUAACGCAGGUCCGGAAAGAGUUGAAGUCUCAUAUACAGAGCCUGCCUGACCUGUCACUACUUCCCAAUGUUACAGGUGGACUGGCACCUCUUCCUUCUGCCGGGGAUCUAUUCUCUACUGAUUAG